CCCCGCUGUGCCGUACACUGGCUGCAGGCUGCCUGGCUGGGAGACGCGAUGUUCCGGGCAGCGGUGAGGAGUCUCCCGGGCCGGGCACUGCCAGCCAUGGCCGCCGCGGUAUUAUGGAAGAAAGACAAGGAGAGGGAGAGAGCUAUUAAAGCGCCGAGCUGGCGGAAAGAGGUUCAUCCAUAUUAUAACCUGAGCGUGACCGUGGUAAGAGCGCAAAACAUUCAAGGCACGGACAUGUUGUCCAAGGCCGAUUGCUACGUCCAGUUGAGACUUCCAACAGCUUCUCCGCUUCCUGACAGGACAAAAGUUGUCUAUAACUCCACAGACCCUGAAUGGAACGAAACUUUUCACUAUCGAAUUCACAGCGCAGUAAAGAACAUUCUGGAGCUGACCCUCUAUGACCGAGACCUGAUGCUGGACGACAAGCUCUCCUCUGUUGUAUUUGAUGUAGGGAACAUUAAGCCUGGGCAAACCGUUAGGCGAGUCUUUAAACUAAACCGAAAGGACAAGGAGGCCUUAGAAGUUGAAUUUCAGAUUGAAGAAAGCCAGGAUCCUCCCAGUGAAAUAAUCACCAAUGGUGUCUUAGUGGCUCAUCCUUGUGUAUGUGUGGAAGGAAGAAUUAAGUAUGAUGAAAAUAAGGAGAACGGGAACUACAUGCUGAAGUUGUCUGUGCCCGGGUCCUAUGAGAAACAGAUAAAUGCUCCAUUAGAGAAGACUGAAAAUGAAGAAGGAGACAACUUUGUUUUCCAUGCUGACAGGGAUACGAGUCCACAUCUAGACGUCUGCCUGUUAAAUACUCUAAGGGUAGCGCCGAAUGACCUGGCACCUGAACUUGACAAGCGGACAUUAUAUUUGGGUAAAGGAUCGGUACCUAUAUCAUCACUCCCUGAAGGGCAGGAGAUUGACAUCGAUCUACCUCUCUCCAAGAAUCACGUUGUCAAUAUGAGUAUUACUAAAGAAGAGAGGUUCCAGGAACUGGACAUCCGACUUGGAUUUGAACUUUCUUAUGGAGAGAGAGAUUUUCUGAAGAAGAGAAAGAAAGUUAUUGCACAAUCUCUUAAAAAUGCCCUGGAUCUUAAUACAGAACCUGAUGAGGUUCCUGUAGUCGCAGUUAUAGGUUCUGGUGGAGGAACAAGAGCAAUGACUUCAUUCUACGGAAGUCUUCAAGGCCUUCAAGAUCUGAAGUUACUGGACAGCACCACUUACUUAUCUGGGGUGUCUGGAUCAACUUGGUGUAUGUCUACGCUUUAUGAAGAUCCUGAAUGGUCAAACAAAGAUCUUAAGGAACCAAUAGACAGAGUGCAGAAAUUUGUAACAUCCAGCAAAUCUGGGGCCUUUUCUGCAGAAAGACUCAAACAGUGCACACAGGAGCUGAUGGCCCUGGAGCGGGACGGACACAAAGUGAAUUUCAGUGACUUGUGGGGUCUUGUGUUAGAAUAUUUCCUCCACCAGAAGGAUAAUCCAGUUAAACUCUCGGACCAGCAGAACUCCGUGUGCAGGGGUCAGAACCCUUAUCCUAUCUAUGCUGGAGUCAAUGUUAGAGCGAAUAUCAGUGGUGGAGACUUUGCAGAAUGGUGUGAAUUUACUCCCCAUGAAGUUGGAUUUCGGAAAUAUGGAGCGUUUAUUCGCACGGAAGACUUUGGUAGCGAGUUCUUUAUGGGACAUCUCAUUCACAGGAGGAAGGAACCCAAAAUUUGCUUUUUGCAAGGGGUCUGGGGCAGUGCAUUUGCAGCCAACCUUGAUGAGAUUUGGGCUCGGGCCUCUGGCACCGGGAUACGCUGGCUCAAUUCUUUGACUGAUGUCAUUAGGGUAAUAGACAAUUGCAGAAAAUUACACUUUCAUGACCCGAGCCAUCUGCAGACAAGAUUGGUCAUGCCAGGGGGGAUGGUUUCCAACAUCUUCCAGGAUCUAUUUAAGUCACGUUUCACGGCUGGAGAACUGUAUAACUUCACCCGAGGCCUGUACCUCUACAAGGACUACAUGGGAGUAAGAGAGUUUGUGGCAUGGAAAGGAAAUCACUUGGAUGCCUUUCCCAACGAUUUAACACCAAUGGAGGAGAAUUUAUACCUUGUGGAUGGAGGAUUCUCUAUAAAUUCUCCUUUUCCAUUGGUACUUCAGUCGGAGCGGGAUGUAGAUGUCAUAUUGUCCUUUAACUACUCUUGGCAAGCUCCAUUUGAGGUCCUCGACCUAACUUCGAAAUACUGUAAGGAGAGAGGCAUUCCGUUUCCCAAGAUCACAGUGACGGAAGAAGACGAGAAGCAGCCAAAAGAAUGCUACGUGUUCAUGGACGCUGAUAACCCAAGAGUCCCCAUAGUGCUUCACUUUCCUCUAGUAAAUGACACAUUCCGCAAAUACAAAGCGCCAGGAGUUUUCCCAGAGACGGAUGAAGAAAAAAAAUUCGGGGACUUCCUCCUAGAAGGGAAAGAUUCUCCCUACAGGACCAAAAGUUUUACCUAUGAGCCGAAUGAUUUCAACAGACUGAUAGCGGUGAAUAGAUACAAUGUGUUGAACAAUGAAGAAACUAUCAAAAGCGCUCUGAAGGCGGCGCUGGACCGGAGGAAAAAGAAAAUGGCGUACCGGGCAAUAAAAAAGGAAAAGAAAAUCUGAAUGAUAAAGAAGAAACUGUACCCGUCGCCUGCAGUAUGUGCCACUAAUACCAUUCUAGUUCGGAACGGGGUGAAUUGACAUUCACGGAAAAACAAAAAUUGCUAUUAUACAGUGUUUAAAGGAGUAUUCCGCCCCUAGACAUCUUAUCCCCUAUCCAAAGGAUAGCGGAUAAGAUGUCUGAUUGCAGGGGUCCCGCCGCUGGGGACCCCCACAUUCUAUCAUGCAGCACCCACCUGUAACGGCUUCCGGAACUGCUGGAGGCCCUUAGGCUAAUACCAUCCCGACCACGGGGACAGAAGAUCGUGACGUCACGACUCCGCCCCUGUGUGACGUCACACCCCGCCCCCUCAAUGCAAGUCUAUCUCUAAUAUAUAUUUUACACACACACUGUUUUAUUUUUUUUUUAUUUCCUGGAGUCCAUAGGCAGCACAACUUUCCAGUAUUAAUACAUUUAUGUUUAAUUUUCUGCAAACAAUCUCAAUACAAAUAGUGGUCAAUUCUGUUUUUAAUUUUUUUUCUAUUGCUACUCAAUGGCCCUGAUUCACAAUCUUAAACCCGACCUGUUUUGUCAUGUUGUGCACAAGAAUUUGUAUCUGCGCCAGAAUGUGCCCCCCCCCCCCAACAAAACAAAAACCCACAACAGAACCAGAAAAAGGGGGCACAGUUAUUGAAAAGGGGGGCAUAAAAAAUCUCAACAUAUUUACUAAGGUUUCCACAGAAAAUGUGGUGGAUUUGAGCUCUGGGAAACCCAACAGCUCAGAGCAUGUGUAAAAACAAGAAAAAAAAAACGUAGGGAAAAGUGUAAAAUGUAGGGAAACCUUAGUAAAUACUGUGGAAAAAUAUCGGUGCUUCCCCCCCCCCCCCCCCAAAAAAAUAAAAAUAAAAUACACAACACUCUUAGUAAAUCAGGGCCAAUGUCUCUUCUACAGUUUUGAAUUGUGAAGAAACUUUAAAGGGGUUAUCUAGGGAUAGCAAAAAACAGAGCUAGUUUCUUUCAAAAACAGCUCCACGUCUGUCCCCAAGUUGGGUGUGGUAUUACAACUUGGCUCCAUUUAUUUAAAUGGAACUGAGCUAGAAAACCACACCCAACCUGGAGACAGACGGGAAGAGUUUAAAAAAAAAAAAAGAAAUUUCUAUUCCUGGAUAACCCCCUUCAAUUUAUUCAGUGCUGCCUACAGACUUCUGGAAAUAAAAAUUUAAAAUGUGUAAAAUUUGGCUAUAACAGCAAAGACUAUUGGAAGAGCAUAAAGUUGAAACAGGUACAUGUAAAUAAAAAAAGGUCAUGCAUUGGAAGCGUUUUCAGUUGUGCAUUUUGGAUAUUCUAUAAUGAAGGAAAAACACCAGGAGAGAAAAGAGAGAGAUAGAUAUAUACCUUACGAGAGAUGUUAAAAUGAAUGCUGGGUGUGUUUGUGCCUCCAAAAAAAAAAACUUUUGCACAAGCAACAACUUUUGUAAAAGAUAAAAGUUAUAGGGGUAUUCCGGCUUUAUACAUCCUAUUAAAAAGGACAGUCCCACCGUUGAUCCCUGUGCAGCCAGCGGCAUUCUGUGCCACGCCCCCUUCAUUCAUUUCUAUGGGAGGGGGCGUGAAUGGAGGGGGCAUGGCCAUGACGUCACGUCUCGGAGGCAGCGCCCCGCACAGAAUGACGGGGGCUGCACAGAGAUCUCGGGGGUCCCAGUGGGGGGACCCCUGAAAUCAUACAUCUUAUCCUCUGUCCUUUGGAUAGGGGAUAAAAUGUAUAAAGCAGGAAUAGCCCUUUAACUCAAUCAUUAUCUUGAUUUUGGUUGCGUUCGAGGAAAUACUUAUCAAAAUAAUUCACAUAAAACAUUGACAUAUUAGGAAAAACAUUUUAUGUACAGAAACUGACAACUGAACAUACAGAUCAUUAAACAGGACAUAAAUUCUACAACUACCUCUGCAACCAAAGUAUUUGGCAACAUGGUUCGGCAUCAAACGGUAAGACAACUGUAAAGAAGAACGUCAUUUUAAAGAAAACACAUAAGGGCUCAUUCACACAGGUGGAGCCACAGCAUAUUUUAUGCUGUGGAUCAGUCAACGAUGGACCCCUACAGUGUGACUCAGAUGUGCCUGCUCGGAGCAGCAAUGAGCCGCUAUGAGCAGACACACUGCGAUGUGCGAGUCGCCGCGCACAUUCACAGUAUACUCUCCGACAUCGCGGCUGCUCUCGGCCUAGCACAGGGAGCAGCCACGAUGUGUGCGAGUACACUGAGCAUGCGCACAUCGCAGUAGUGUGUCUGCUCGUAACGGCGGAUUGCCACUCAGAGCAGGCACAUCUGAGUCACAUAGGGGUCCAUAGUCAGCAGUUCCGCAGCGGAAAAUACGCUGUGGAUCCGCCGGUGUGAAUGAGCCCUGAGGGCUUGAUUACACGGGGGGAUCCACAGCAUAUGUUACGCUGCGGAUCCGCCGCCGAUUGACCUCUACGGUGUGCCUCAGAUGUGCCUGCUCGGAGUGGCAAUGAGCAGACACACUGUGAAGUGCGAGUCGUCGUGCAUAUGCGCAGUAUACUCUCACACAUCGCGGCUGCUCUCGGCCUAAGUCAGGGAGCGGCCACGAUGUGUGCGAGUACACUGCCCAUGCACACGUCGCAGUAGUGUGUCUGCUUGUAUCGGCGGAUUGCCGCUCUAAGCAGGCACAUCUGAGUCACGUAGGGGUCAGUCAGCGGAUCCGCAGCGGAAAGCACGCUGUGGAUCCGCCAGUGUGAACGAGCCCUGAGGGCUUGUUCACAAAGGGAGAUCCACAGCAUAUUUUAUACUGCGGAUACGCCGACGAUGGACCUCUAAAGUGAGCCUCAGAUGUGCCUGCUCGGAGCAGCCGUGAUUUGUGCAAGUACACCGCGUAUGCGCAAAGCGACUUGCACGUGUCUGCUCGUCUUAGCAGCAGAUUGUGUAAAAUAUGCUGCAGAUCCGCCCGUGUGAACUAGCCCAAAAGGUUUUUGUGUAGGAAGCACAGAGAAGAAGGGAAGGAAGACUCUGGUGUAGAUGACAGUAUGCUCUUUAGGAACGUGUAUGCACCUAGAUUUCUUGACUGAUACUUGCAGAGGCAAAGAUCAAACGUGCACAGAACAGUAAGAAAAAUGACGCAAUACAAAAACGUUUCUAUAAAAUGAACAUUUCACAGUUUUCCAUGCUACAGACUGCUUCAACCACAUCAGUCCCAACAAGGAAUCCAUGCAGGUCCUGUGGGCGGAAAAUGGGGUCACUGAAAUCAAGGUAUGAACAUGUGGUUUCCGAUACCUUUUAGGCACUUAAACUCUCUCUAAUUUUGGCCAAUAAAUGUAAUAAAUGAUAAGUGUAGAGCAGCAGUGAGGAUUUUUUUUUUUCUCUUUGAACCCGAAAGCCGAAUGUUUUCAUUGAUCAUUGAAGAUCUGGAAGAUGUCAACGUGCAAUUGCCGAUUGGCGAUUGUAUGAUCUCUUAAUGCUCUUCGGGCUGCAUGACCAAUUCCGGCCAGUAGACUGCCACUUCGCUCUCAAGGGUUGCAAAAAGAAAA